GUGGAGGGAGGUUGUUGGUAGUGGUGGUGAGAGGAGAGUGGGAAAGGGGGGCAUCGCUGCUGUCUCCGCUUUUGGGUGUUCAGACCAGAGUCACUCGCUUACAGCAGCAGCAGCAGCAGCAGUCGGGGCUUUUCCCCCCCGAAGUGAAGUUCGCUUGGUGGUGAAUGUGGCAUCAUUAUUAUUAUUAUUUUUUUUUUUGGUGCGGCUCCUGUGUUUUUUUUUGACACCGAAGGGAAGAUAAGAUGUCCAGCGACCGGCAGAGGUCUGACGAUGAGAGUCCGAGCACGAGCAGCGGCAGCUCGGACGCCGACCAGCGCGACACCCCGCAAGAGGAGAGGAAAGAGGCGUCUUCCCAGCAACAGCCGAAAAAGAAGGAGCCCAAGGUGUCCAGCAAAACCACGGCCAAACUCUCCACCAGCGCCAAAAGAAUUCAAAAGGAACUAGCAGAAAUCACACUGGAUCCUCCUCCAAAUUGCAGUGCUGGUCCAAAAGGAGACAACAUAUACGAGUGGCGGUCUACCAUACUCGGUCCUCCUGGGUCAGUUUAUGAAGGCGGUGUUUUUUUUCUGGACAUCACUUUCUCAUCUGACUAUCCAUUCAAACCACCAAAGGUAACUUUCCGGACCAGGAUCUAUCACUGCAACAUCAACAGUCAGGGAGUGAUCUGUCUGGACAUUCUGAAAGAUAACUGGAGCCCAGCUCUGACUAUUUCAAAGGUUCUACUUUCUAUUUGCUCGCUCCUGACAGACUGCAAUCCAGCGGAUCCACUAGUUGGGAGCAUAGCAACCCAAUAUUUGACCAACAGAGCAGAACAUGACCGGAUAGCCAGACAGUGGACCAAGAGAUACGCUACAUAAAUUGCAUUCUUUCCUGUGCUGUGAAAAGGAGCAGGAGGCAUUAUUUACAAUGUGCAACAAUUCUUUAUAGCCUUUACAAUACGGACUUCUGUGUAUAUGUUAUACUGAUUCUAAUCUCUGCUUUUAUCCUCUGAAGAUUGGGAUAAGCCCCUGUAAAAGGUAAAUGCUAUUGAAGUAGAUCUUUGUAGCAGUAGAUUAGUUAUGUUUAAAUGCCUACUUGCAAGUCUGCUUCUUUGGGAUAUCAAAAUGUAUUUUGUGAUGUAAAAGGAAAAUGUUCCUCAAGUCAACCAAAUAUUAUGGUGCAUUUUAGCCUAAUCCAUUAUCUGUAUGAAAUCUGAUAAUAGCUGUAGAUGAUUAGAAUUUUGGCAUUCGUAUUAAACCCAGUUCCAUUUUCAAUCAUGUGGUACAUGCUGUUGUGUGCUCCGUUUUACCUUUGUCAAUUUGUAAUGAAGAGAUUUCAUUUAAACCUUUGUAGCUCUAAAUAAUGAGCACCUGAUGUAUCAUCUCAAAAGACAAUAAACUUGUUUCCCAGGUUA